GUUGUGAAUGGAAGUUAGUUGUUUCUUGCUGACGACGAGUCAAGUGCUCUGACAGAGACUGCUGCUAACAGCAAGACAUAAAACCAAAGUUUCGCCACUUGUAAACAGCCAUUGUGUGUUUCUGGAGAAGAGAAAUCGUGUGAUGCGGGUAAGACAUUAUUUGCGAAAUGGUCUGAAGAGAUGAGGUUUCAUUUUGUAAGCUAACAAGCUAGCGAACCUGUUGUCGGUUGGCAUUUGGCUAGCUAGCUGCUUGCCAUUUGAAUUGGAGGCUUUUGGACAGAGACCGGCAGUUCGCUACGACUUUGGAAGGACUUGAAACGGAAUACGUAAAAAUAACUGGUUGAUUUGCGAAGAAAACCCACGAAAAAGGAGCAUAUUUGCACGUCUCAACGUUUUUGGAAACAAACUUACUCCAGAUACUCUGAAAGGAUCCUACUUCAUUGCGGAGGAGCCGGGAAUUCACUGAUUAGUAGAAAGAAAUCGAUUAAGUGAAAGGACAUGGCUAGCUGUCCGGCUAGCUAACUACGAUGGAUAAUUCCAAUGUUUUAUCAUGCGCAGUUCACAGUGAUUAACGAAAUGCUCUUGUAGACAGUAUCCCCGUAAAGGCAUCAAAACAACCAAGCAUUUGUGGGAGAUAUCAGAUUAAAGCGGAUAAGCAAAAUCCUACCGUCACAAAUGUAUUAGGGAGUUGUUCUCGGGAUCAAUUGCAAAUGAAAAUGAGGGAUCACAGAAAUCUGAAUUCCAACAACUCUGCUGGACAAAAGCACGAUGAUAUUUUUGACGAUCCCAGUGUAGGGGCUACAUUUAGCACAAUAGUAUCUACACAAGGAGAGUUUAAUAAGUGGCAGCACGAUGGUCUUUACUCAACAAUUGGCACUGCCAUAAUAGCUGACAGUCGAAGACGCACGGAACAGGAGUAUCUGCGCAAGGAGUUUACAUUCGAUUGCAGCGGCGGGGCUCAUGUUAGUGACCGCCCUGCAUGCCCAAAAAAAUAUGUUAACGUUAGAACAGGUCGAUUUCAAGACAUGCACGGGAGAAAUCAAACCUUGAACACAACUGACAGCGGGAGGCGCAUUGAAAACGCUUUUCAUUCUGGUGGCCGUCGCUCUCAUCCGAAGUGUAACGUUAGCGGGAAAACCUCUGAUGCCAAAGUACAGCUGGUCAUGGAUGCUACUUUUUACCAAAUAACUGGGGACAGACUAUCCAGUAUGAAUGGUAAUAUUACGGAAAUUACCCGCCACAAUCACGGUGACAAAAAGAUUACCCGAGAGAUUACACGCAACAGCCCAGUAAACAGCCGCCAAAUCGGGAAUGGAAGGAGAAAGUUUACACUGAGUAUAUGUAGUUGGUGGGCGUUCUUCUUUUUCAAUUCCCAUGUGCUGACAGCGCUGGCUCAAGAUGACGUGGCUCCCUAUUUCAAGACCGAGCCGGGCCCGCCGCAGACCCACCUGGAGGGGAACCGCUUGGUCUUGACCUGCCUGGCGGAAGGGAGCUGGCCCCUGGAGUUCAAGUGGAUGCUCAACAACUCUGACAUCACUUCCUUCUCUCCUGAGUACAAGUACAGCGUGGCGUCCCUGCAGCGCUCCGACGCCGGCUUCUACCAGUGCGUGGUGCGGAACAGGCGGGGCGCGCUGAUGCAGAGGAAGACUGAAGUGCAUGUAGCGUACAUGGGCAGCUUCGCGGAGCAGGAGCAGAGGAAGACUGUGUCCCAGGGCCGGGCGGCCGUCCUGAACCCCCCCGCCGUCAGCAGCUACCCCCGCCCCCAGGUCACCUGGUUCAGGGACGGCUACAAGAUCAUCCCCAGCUACCGAGUAGCAAUAACCUUGGACAAUCAGCUCGUGGUGCUGUCGACAGCUGCGCCCGAUGCAGGACGGUACUACGUCCAGGCAGUUAAUGAAAAGAAUGGAGAGAACAAGACAAGCCCAUCCAUUUACCUGAGCGUGGCAAUAAGCAAGAAGAACCGAGGAACUCUUGACUCGGACGCUCCAGCGGACCCGAUGGCUCCGGUGAUCGUGGUCCCUCCCAGGAACACCACGGUGGUGGCGGGGGCCACCGAGGUGACGCUGGAGUGUGUGGCUAACGCAAGGCCGGUCGACAAGCUGAGCGUCUCCUGGAAACGGAGCGGCGUGAAGCUGACGAGCGGCGUGGGCACGUUCGGGCGGAGGCUGACCGUCUUCAAGCCCGGCUCCGACGACGCGGGGCCGUACGUGUGCGAGGCCGCCCUGCUGGACAGCAGCGCCAAGGUGGCCGAGGCCAGGGCCUUCCUCUUCGUCACAGAGGCCCCGCGCUUCACGGUGGAGCCCAAGCGGAGGACCGUGGGGGAGGUGGAGAAAACGGUGGACAUCCCGUGCCAGGCCAGAGGAGUCCCCUUGCCCAAGCUGGAAUGGUACAAGGACUCUGUGGCGCUCAGCAAACUGAAUAACCCUCGUUACAAAGUGAUGGCUAGCAUGGGCUUGCAGGUCCGAAAGGUGCACCCCAACGAUGCCGGAAUCUUCCAGUGCUUCGCCAGAAACUCAGCUGGGGAAAUCCAGGUUCAUUCUAACCUCGUCAUCACAAGUAUGGCCCCGGCCUUCGCUGAGGCUCCCUCUGACAUCACCGCCACCGACGGCACGGCGGCGGUCUUCGCCUGCGAGGCCUCCGGAGCCCCCAAGCCCGCCAUCACCUGGAAGAGAGGAACGCAGGUUUUGGGCAGCGGCUCGGUCCAGAUCCCGCGCUUCACCCUCCUGGAGUCCGGGGGCCUGCUGGUGAAGCCGGUCUUCAUGGAGGACACGGGGAACUACACCUGCCACGCCUCAAACUCGGAGGGAGCCGUCAGCGCCAGCUCCUCCCUGACCGUGUGGAGCCGCACGUCCAUCUCCCAGCCCCCUGAGGACCAACGGGUCAUCAAAGGAACGACGGCCGUGCUGGACUGCAAGGCCACAUAUGACCCCAGGGUGUCCGUCAGGUUUGUGUGGAAGAAGGACGGCAGUGUGGUCAGCCAGACCAGCGGGGGGCGCAUCAGCUUAAGGGAUGGCUCCCUACACAUCAGCCAGACCUGGUCAGGAGACAUUGGGGACUACACCUGCAACGUCCUCUCUCAGGCCGGCAACGACUCCAAGUCAGCCCGUCUGGAGGUCAUCGAACUGCCCCACUCGCCCCGGAACCUGCAGGCCAGCCUGAACGCCACGGACAGCCGCAGCGUGGACCUCUCCUGGGUCCGCCCCUUCGACGGGAACAGCCCCCUCCUGCACUACAUCGUGGAACUCUCCGAAAACAACUCUCCGUGGAAGAUCUACUUGCCUGAAGUAGACCCGGUCCUGACGGGAGUGGUGGUGAGAGGGCUGACCCCAGCGCGCACGUACCAGUUCAGAGUGUGUGCGGUCAACCAGGUGGGGAAGGGCCAGUACAGCACCGAGACCAACAGGCUAAUGCUGCGGGAGGAGGCCCCCAGCGCCCCUCCCAAAAACAUCGUGGCCAGCGGCCGGACCAACCAGUCCAUCAUGGUGCAGUGGCAGCCCCCCCCGGAGCCCGAGCUGAACGGCGUGCUCAGGGGCUACGUGCUCAGGUAUCGCCUGGCCGGCCUCCCUGGGGAGUACCAGCAGAAGAACAUCAGCAGCCCUGAGAUUAACUACUGCCUGAUUAGGGAUCUGAUCAUCUGGACGCAGUAUGAGAUCCAGGUGGCGGCGUACACGGGGGCGGGCCUGGGGGUGUUCAGCCCGCCCGUCACAGAGUACACGCUGCAGGGAGUGCCAACGGCGCCCCCUCAGGACGUGGAGGCCAAAGCGUUGGACUCAACCACAAUCAAGUUCACAUGGAACCCUCCCCCGCAGCAGUUCAUCAACGGCAUCAAUCAGGGGUACAAGCUCCUGGCGUGGCCGGAGCAGUUUCCGGACAGCGUCACCGUGGUGACCAUCACGCCGGACUUCCACGGGGCGCGGCACCUGGGCCACGUGAGCGGGCUGAGGAAGUUCACCUGGUACCUGACGUCGGUGCUGUGCUUCACCACGCCGGGGGACGGGCCCAGCAGCCCCCCGCAGCUGGUGCAGACCCACGAGGACGCCCCUGGCCCGGUGGGUCACCUGAGCUUCACAGAGAUCUUGGACACCUCUCUGCGGGUCAGCUGGCAGGAGCCUGUUGAAAAGAACGGCAUCAUCACAGGCUACCUGGUGUCCUGGGAGGUGCAGGGGCUCAACUCCUCCCGGGUGUCCCGCACGCUUCCCAACACCACGCUGGAGUACAAGGUGACGGGCCUCACCUCCCUCACCACCUACACCCUGGAGGUGGCCGCCAUCACCCAGGCCGGGAUGGGGACCCCCACCUCCUCCACCAUCUCCUCCGGGGUCCCGCCAGAACUUCCCGGACCUCCAUCAAACCUUGUUAUCUCCAACAUAAGCCCCCGUUCUGCCACACUGAAGUUCCGGGCAGGGGAUGAUGGGAAGACAUCUAUCUCCAAAUGGAUUGUUGAGGGCCAGGUGGGGGGCAUCGGCGAGGAGGACGAGUGGAAGGUCCUGUACGAAAAAGAGAACGAGCCAGACGCCCAGGUGCUAGAAAUCCCCAACCUUACCCCCUUCACCCACUACAGGUUCCGCAUGAAGCAGGUGAACAUCGUGGGCCCCAGCCCCAUGAGCCAGCCCUCCCGCGUGAUCCAGACCCUGCAGGCCCCGCCCGACCUGGCCCCCAGCAGCGUGAGCGUGCGCACGGCCAGCGAGACCAGCCUGUGGCUGCGAUGGGUGCCCCUACAGGACACCGAGUACAACGGUAACCCGGAGACGGUGGGCUACAGGAUCAAGCUGUGGCGGGCGGACCAGCAGGGCGAGGCCCAGAUCCGGGUGCUGAGCGAUCGCCUGGAGAGGGAGGCCACCCUGGAGGGGCUGGAGGCGUGGACCGAGUACCAGCUGCAGAUCCAGGCCUUCAACUCCAUCGGCCCCGGGCCCUGGAGCGAGACGGUGAAGGGCCGCACCCGCGAGUCCGUGCCGUCUGGGGCUCCUGAGAACGUCACGGCCGAGGCGGUGAGCUCCACGCGCAUCCUGGUCACCUGGGGGCCCGUGCCGGAGCACCAGAAGAACGGAUACAUCCUGGGAUACAAGGUGCUGUAUAAGGAGCAGGACUCGGAGGCUGAGCCCCAGGUGCACGUGGUGAAGGGGAACCUCACGCAGUCUGUGCUGCUGAGGAACCUGCGUAAAUACGUCCUGUACCAGAUCCAGGUGCUGGCCUUCACCCGCAUUGGGGACGGAGAGCCCAGCAGCCCCCCUGUCCUGGAGAGAUCAAAGGAUGACGUCCCUGGCCCCCCUAUGAGGCUGGUGUUUCCCGAGGUGCGCCUGACGUCGGUGAGGGUGGUGUGGCAGCCCCCAGCGGACCCCAACGGUGUCAUCAUGGGGUACCAGAUCGCCUACCGCCUCGACGCCAGUGACCCUAACAAGUUCACCACGGUGGAGGUGGGCUCCAACGCCCGGCAGUUCACGGUGACGGGCCUGGCCCCCGAGUCGGCCUACGUCUUCCGCGUCUCCGCCCGCACCCAGCAGGGCUGGGGCCUGCCCGAGGAGGCGGUGGUGAUCACCACGGAGAGACGAGACCGGCCCCAGCCGCCCAAGAAGCUGACGGUGCCGCAGAAGGACGUGCGGUCGCGGGCGCUGCUCCUGCGUUGGGUCCCCGGCGGCGACGGCUCCUCGCCCGUGCGCUACUUCACCCUGCAGACGCGCCAGCUGCCCGACGGGGACUGGCACACCCACUCCGCCGCCAUCAGCCACAACAGCACCUCCUGGGAGGUGGACCGGCUGAAGCCCUUCACUUCGUACAAGCUGAGAAUGAUGGCGACUAACGAUAUCGGAGACAGCGCCUACAGCAAGGAGACGGACGCAAUUACAACUUUACAAGAUGUUCCUGAUGAACCACCUGUUAUUCUGGCGGUAAAGCCAUCCACAACGACCUCUGUCCUUGUUCAGUGGCAGCCGCCCAAGGAGGAGAGCGUGAACGGGGUGCUGGUGGGGUUCCGCCUGUUCUACCGCGAGCUGCAGUACGAGAGCGCCCCGGCGGAGCCCAAGGAGGCCCCCAACCUCUCGGCCGCGCGCGCCGAGAUCACAGCCAAGAGCACUUUCAAGACUGUGAGCAGUGCUUGGUUAACAGAAUUCGAGUUAACGCAGCUGAACAAGUACAAACGCUAUGAGGUCGUGAUGACAGCCUACAACAUCAUCGGCGAGAGCCCGCCCAGCGCACCUGUGGAGGUUUUCGUUGGAGAAGCAGCUCCAGCAGUGCCCCCUCAGAACAUUAAGGUGAACAGCCUGUCAUCCACACAGCUAGAGGUGGUGUGGGAGCCUCCCCCCGUGGAAACUCAGAACGGGAACAUUCAGGGCUAUAAGAUCCACUACUGGGAGCGGGACAAUCGGAACGAGACGGAGAAGGUGAAGAUCCUGUUCGUCCCGGAGACCGCGGUGCGGCUGAAGAACCUGACCAGCUACAGCACGUACCUGGUCAAGCUGUGCGCCUUCAACGCGGCGGGAGACGGCCCGCUCAGCGAGCCCAGGAGGGGGCGCACUCUCCAGGCCGCCCCCAGUGUUCCGAGCUUCAUCACCUUCUCCGAGGUGACCACCACCACGCUCAACGUCUCCUGGGGGGUUCCCCUCACCCCCAACGGAGUGGUGGAAGGGUACAGGGUGGUGUACGAGCCCUCUGCCCCGAUACACGGCGUGAGCAAGGUGGUGACCGUGGACAUCAAGGGCAACUGGCAGCGCUGGCUCAAGGUUCGGGACCUGACCAAGGGCGUGACCUACCGCUUCCGGGUGCAGGCCAAAACCAUCAGCUUCGGGCCCGAGCUGGAGGCCAACAUCACGGCGGGGCCGUUGCGAGGCUCCCCUGGUUCUCCCAUCGAGACGUCAAUCACUAAAUCUUCCUCUGCCCUCACCAUUCAUUGGACACCAGGAGAUACAGGGGCCGGGCCAGUUAUCGGUUACGUUAUUGAAGCCCGUCCUUCAGACGAGGGCUUGUGGGAUACCUUCGUCAAGCACUUGUCCCCCAGCAGCACGUCUCACUCUGUCAGCCUGGACCGCCUCAGGCAGGGCGUCAGCUACGAGUUCCGCGUGAUCGCAGUCAACCAGUUCGGCUACGGCGAUCCCAGCAUGCCCUCUGCUGCCCUGUCAGCCCAGUCAGAGACGCCUUUCUACGAGGAGUGGUGGUUCCUGGUCGUCAUGGCGCUGUGUGGGCUGAUCCUCAUUCUGAUGGUGGUGUUUGCUCUGGUGCUGCACGGUCAGGGCAAGAAGUACAGAAGCUGUGGUACCGGUGAGCCACGCCAUCCGUCCUUCUGUCUGUCUGUCGGGAAGCACAUCUCCACCGUGGAGGAGUCUGUCACCCUGGACAACGGAGGCUUCACUGCCCUGGAGCUCAACAGCAGGCACCUCAACGUCAAGAGCACCUUCCUCAAGAAGAAUGGCACCAGGUCUCCUCCCCGCCCCAGCCCCGGGGGACUGCACUACUCUGACGAGGACAUAUGCAACAACUACAACGGCGCCGUUCUGACAGAGAGCACCACGCUGACCGAGAAGCCCACAGAGAUCUCUGAGUCUGAGGCCACGGACAGCGACUACGAGGACGAGCAGCCCAAGCACUCCUUCGUCAACCACUACAUGAGCGACCCCACCUACUACAACUCGUGGAAGCGGCAGCAGAAGGGGCUGAAGCAGAGCCCGGCCUACGCGUACGAGGAGUGCGCCGGGGGCGACGCCGAGGCCUACUAUCAGACUGUAGUGACCCAGCACAGCGUGGGAGGGGCGUACACCCCCGCCGGCCAGCCUGCCCCCAGCUCACGGACACCCGCCACAGGCUUCUCCUCCUUCGUCUGACGCACGGUGCCACGCCGGGGGCGGGGAGGGGCGGGGUCAGGGUGGGGCUCGUCCAGUGGCUCCGGCAGCCCGGGGGGGUAUGGUGAAUUGUGGGUAUUUAGCCGUCGGCUCCAUACAGUAAAAAGACACAAAGGUAUUGCUGGCAGGAGGAACAUGAAGCUGUUUCUCAGCUCUGCACUUCUCCUGUGCCCACAUUCCCCACAGUGUCUGUGACUUAUCAAGACUGUGUGAUUAUCUCCGUCAUACGUGUGUAUCUGUGAGAGAGAGACUGAGACAGACAGGCAGUUUGAGUGAAAACGAAGGAAUGGCUUACAAAACUAGAUGGAAAAGAACUUUCCAGAAAGACAGAGAGAGAACUCCUGUGUAGUCACGGGACUCUGCUUCGACUUUGAAGAGUGAAUGUGAGUUCAAGGCCUGGACUCAGUGCAGGGGAUCACAGACGUGUUCUCACCCCAAUAAAUCUGAUCCUCUUCAGAACUCAGCCAGCGGAUGAAAAGAACUUUCCUCUCAAAAGGAAUAAAAACAUUUCUUCUGCCUGGCACUUAAAAGAGGAAAUAAUGGUCUUGUUUGUUAACAGUUAAAAAAACUGUUUCAGCUCAAAGAUGGCCCUUAAAAAAAUCUAAUGGAUCAAGACACUUGUAAUUAUAGGACUUUUAAUCACAUUAAGUGUAUUACCCACAAUCCACUUCAAAAGCUGAAAGCCCCAAGAUGUUGCACUUGAGAGUUUGGAGGACGCGUCGACCACAAAACUUCUGAAAGACGGCUUAAAAAGGAGCAGAGCGGAAUUUGCAAGACAACGGGGUGUGGGAGGCGUCAAAGGGAACCCUCUCCACCCUGCGCCGCACGGUCCUCUACAUCAGAGAGAGACCUCCGACCGUGUGGCAGAAGCAGCAGCAGGUUCCCCGUGCCUGCUCUGAGCUGGCCUGCUGUGUGACGCUGCGCUGAAGCUGUGCUGAAGCUGAGGGUGGGCUGUACAGUACGCCGCGCCUGACCCCGCGGGCUGGCCUGCCUCCAGGACGCCCUCGCUCUCGCCGCUGGUCCUUCCACUUCAGUCCGGGAACCGCCCGUCAGACGAGUAACACUCACUUGAAGCUUUCCAUGUUUUCGGUUUUUGUCUUAUGGUUUGGUUUGGUUUUGUUUUGUUCUGAGAAGAAUGAAUGUAAUGACAAGGAAUUCCUUUGGGUUUGAAAGGAUAUUGAGAUAAAAAUAUACUGCCUUUGCACACAUGACUGCACUCUUAAGCCAUAUGGAUAUUGCUUUAACAGAAAGAAAUGUGCAUUUUCGACUUUUAUUUUUCAAACUCAUUUCUUUGAUAUUUUUUACGAAGAGAAAAGAUGACUGAGGACUUUGUUUUGUUCCUUUUUUAGGUUAGCAAUAUGUACUGUAUAAGUGUAUUUUUAGUAUAAAUUUUGUACAGAUCAAUUUUUACUGUAGUGUUUUUUGCCACGUUGGUGUAGUUCUGUAGUCAGUCCAUUACAGCAAUCCAUUGUUGUUGCUUGUUAGUGUAUGGCAAUCAGAAAGUAGAAUGAGGAGAUUUCAAAAAUCCCUGAGAUGAUAUGAGGAUAUAAUAGUUCAUAAACCUGUAGGGUAUUUGAGCUAGAUACAAAUUCAGUCUAUAUUUUUUGAAAAUUUAAAUCUGUGAGUAAAUAUUAACUGUCUUAUGUCCAUUGAGUAUGAACUGGUUUUUCACAAAGUAAAACAAAUUUCCUCGCAUUUUUUUAAAUCAAAUGAAAUGUUUAUUGUCAACCUUGAUGGCUGUGUGACCUUAUACUGUAAUCGCUCCUGAUUUCUGUUUCUCCUUGUUGUGUGCUGCUAACAUUACAAUAGGCCUCAAAACAUUAUGUGCUGAGUCAUUAUUAUGACAAAGGCUCAGAUAUAACAAGGGAUCUGAUGCUCCUCCAAGAACAUUAGUGAAUAUUUACUGAAGUUCCAUAGUUCAUGGUUAUUCUUGGCAGUGGUAUUUGUGAAGAUGUGAAUCAGUACAAGGCACAAUAUAAUUCAUUUUUAUUCUCUGUAGGUGUACUGUUAUGAGGCUUACACUGAAAACCGUCACUGAUAUAACUAAAUAAAUCUGAUGUAUUUUAACCGCAUAGGUUGUAUGUUCAUUCACCCUCCCACAAACGCAACCGAACUCACAGAAACGGAAAUGUAAAUAUAUGAACUACAGCUGGCUGCGCCCGCACCGCACAGGUUUGUUUGGGACCCAGAGAAAGCGACGCGAGUGCUUGGAGAAGCUCGGCCACAGUUGAGCGUUCAGCGAGGGUAGAGCGAUAACGUUUUUUAUAGAGGGCAAACGGAAGAAAGGCUUAUAUUUGUAAGCAAUUACAUUCUGUCCAUUUUGUUUGUCUUUCAGAAAAGUAUUUGGGUAACUGACAAUAACAGAGCUCUUUUAACAUUUUCAUUCAUUUUUUUUCAGCGUACUUCCUGCUAUGUACAGCAGAGGGCAGUAGCAUUGGGGUAGAGUACCUCUGCUCAGAAGCAGGUGCUUGUAUUUCAUUAUGCUAUGCUGAAAAGCUUUGCUCACACCUUAUCAUUCAGUUUUGUAUUUCUGUAUCUUUUUUUAAAGUCUUGUGAAAUAACAUGGCACUAAGUUUUUAUUUUAUUUUAUUGUACAUAGCUUUCAGGGAUCUAUUGUUAUGUACUCUAUAGGUCUUCUGAAUAAAUGUCUGUCAAAUCAAAUUCCCACCAUAUUGUUUUGCAGUGGCUGUUCAAUAACAUUCAUGUACUAUCCCUGAACUGUACACUCUUUCAUGUACAAAUGUUCCGAGAGGUAAGACAAGGUUGGAAUUAUGAGUUCCUUUGACAUAAUCACAGGAAAUGUAAAACAUGUUUACUUGUGUCCAAGCCUGUAUCAUUUCUGAUCACUUUUUUCUGUAUGAGCUUUAAGAAAAAUCUUCCAGGUUUAUCCACGGUUGCAUGACAUUCACUCUUCCAUUUCCGUAGCUUUACUUUGUUCCGAUUUACCGCUGUUUUUGUAUGGUAUCUGUUUCAGGUGUUAGUUGACGUUGGUCGGGGAAUGUUUUCUUUUUACUGUUGUAGUGCUCUUAUAGUCAUAUUUACCAGACUCAUUUCUUUGUUUAAAGCUUAAUGAUUUUGCACUCUUGCCAUUUAUUAAAUAGAAAAUGAAAAUGUUCAAACUGCA